AUGACGUCUUCCUUAGAUAACUAUUAUUCCACAAAUUAUUCUAAAUGUAAUCUCAGCGAGAGUUUCUUGGCCUCUUGGAAAGGAGUUGCGUACCCAACUGACAUUAUUCAAAUAUUUUCCCUACCCCUUCAGAUUCUUGCAUUUUUCAUUAUCCUAGCAAAAAGUCCAGUUCAAAUGAAAAGUAUGAAGUGGCCAUUAUUCUAUAAUCACCUAUUUUGUUCGAUAUUCGACUUGAUUCUGUGCACUUUUUCCACUAUUUACCUAAUUCUUCCAAUGCUUGGGGUCUUCACAGUCGGAGUUUUUAGUUGGUUGGGAAUUCCUAUUAUAGUGGAGUUGAUUCUCAUUACGUGUUCUUUGCUGUCACUUGCCUUAUCCUACAUCUACCUCUUCGAAAAUCGCAGUCGUUCAGUUUCCCAGAAUCGGUUUAAAAUGAGCAAGAAAAGCUCGAGAAUAAAAUAUUAUUCAUUGAUACUACUAUCCUACACCACUAUUUUCAUAUUUCUCACAAUUAUUCCUACUGACCAAGAAACUGCGAUACUUCAAGCGCUGCAAGCUUACCCCUGCCCAACCCAAGAGUUUUUCACGUUUCCGAUCCUUAUUCUGAACUCUGAUUCGACGACUUCCAUGUUUAUAAUUGCAAUUUUUAUGCCAAUUUUCAUAUGCCAUUCAGUUGGUCAUUCUGUAUUCCAUGUCUCUUGUACCAUAUAUUAUUUGUACAUUGCUCCAUCGGAUUUGAUUUCUUUAGAAACCCAGAAGAAGCAAAAAACGUUUCUCAGAAAUGUUAUACUGCAAUUUUCAAUUCCAUCAAUAUUUAUUUUAUUCUCAAUUGGUAUUAUUUUUACAUCGAGAUUUUAUUCGCAAGAAAUGAUGAAUCUAGGUGUGGAUGUUGCAGGACUUCACGGAAUCGGUGAAAGUAUAGCGGUCCUCUUCGUGCACCCACCUUAUCGGAGAGCCACAGGACAGCUAAUUUUCAGAUGGAAGGAUCCACAAUCAAGCAUACGAGUCUCAGCUGCACAAGGGAAUUCCAGUGCUUUCACUAUUUGA